CCAGCCCGCCAUCCCGGCCAGGCACCUGUUCCCGGUCUCGCAGCUGCUGGCGCAGAGCGCGGGUCCGGACAGCGCGGACAGCAGGAGCAGGAGGAGCAGGUCCCAGGAGUCCAGCUUCGCAGCGCACCUGGUGGUGAGCAUCGCCCCCCAGGAGAAGGCAAAGAUAGGCCCAGGAAUCAUGGCGUCCAAAGAGCAACAGGUCUUAAAAGAUCUCGCUGUGCAGAACGAUGAAAGAGACCACGCAGGAAGGAAGGCCUCCAAGCAACGUGAAGAAGAAGAAUUGCAGCUCUUGGAAGAGGUUAAAAACAAGAAGUCCGGGGGAAAUGUCAGAAUGGGACUAGUCAGGCGACUUGUGCCUAAUUUUCGAUGGGCCAUACCAAAUAGACGUGUUGAGCACAAUGAAGGGGGAGAGGAUGCUGGAAAGUUUGUAGGACAGGUGAUGGAAAUCAAGAAAAAGACUAGGGAGCAACAGAUGAGGCCUUACGGGCGUUUCCAAACACCGGAACCUGACAAUCACUAUGACUUUUGCCUCAUACCUUAAAAUCGCAGUUUUUCACCGAGCUAUUAAAUUGGCCUCUGUUUUACAAGCUGGUAUUUAGUGAGGUACUUUUUCUGUAAACUUUCGCUGUUUCCACCCAACUGUUUCUAUCUACGUAAACAUGCUUUAUUGUUGCAUCUAAUUCUAAACAUUCCUAUCAGCAUGACAAUUUAA